AUGACAACAGAAGCUGCAAAGGGGGCCUUAUAUUCUCCCUCUCAGCUCGAUGCAGAGCCUAAAGACACCGUGCUGCCCCCAUGGCGGCGUGGGGAUAACAGCAGCAGCAGCAGUAGCAGCAGCAGCAGCAGCAGCAGCAGCAGCAAUUGGAGCUCUGCUGUAACACCGGCUGAAGCUACCCAUAAUGGCAGCAGCAGCAGCAGCAGCAGCAGCAGCUCAGAAGCAGCAGCAGCAGCAGGAGCACCACGAAGACGCCGCUUCGAUGUACGCCCACCAAAUGAGAGUGCUGCUCCCUCAGCAGCAGCAGCAGGAGCAGCAGCAGCAGCAACACCAGCAGCAGCAGCAACCCCAGCAGCAGCAACACAUCAUACAUCAAUAGAAUCCGAAUCAUCAGGAGCAAUAGAAAGAGGGACUCCGCAUGCACAGCAGCAGCAGCACCACCAUCAUCAUCAGCAGCAUCACCAGCAGCAGCAGCAGCAGCAGCAGCAGCAGCAGCACAGACGUCCUUAUGAAGGAAGCAAUUAUUAUCGUGAUAGAAAUAAAGAUAGAGAUUUCUAUCGGGAUCGGGAUCGGGAUCGGGAUCGGGAUCGAGUGUGGGGUAGAGAUAGAGAUAGAGAAAGAGAUAGAGAAAGAGACAACAGAGAAAGAGACAGAGAAAGAGACAACAGAGAAAGAGACAGAUAUAAGGAAAGAGACAGGGAGAGGGACAGGGACAGAGACAGAGACAGGGAGAGAGACAGGGAGAGGGACAGGGAAAGAGACAGGGAGAGGGAUAGGGACAGAGACAGGGAUAGGGGCGAUAGGGACAGAGACAGGGAUAGGGGCGGGAGGUAUAGGAGUAUGCCAAGGAGACAGACCACCCUUGAGGAGCAGCAGCAGCAGCAAUUGCAGCUGGAGCAGCAACUGCAGCAGGAACGACUGCAGCAGGAACGACUGCAGCAGCAGCAGCAGCAACAGCAGCAGCAGCAGCGAGACACUCCAGGGGGAGGUUGGGCUCCGCUUCCCGUCUUUUCUCCUCCAGAGCCACCUAGACGUGAACCGCAGCAGCAGCAGCAGCAGCAGCAGCAACAGCCGCAGCAGCAGCACGAUGCAGCAGAUACUCCUGGUGCAGCAGCAGCAGCAGCAGCAGGAGCAGCAGAUGGUGGUGCCCGCCGCAGCCGUCGUCUUGCAUCAAGACGAAGUCUUAGCCGCAGUGUGUCUCCUUUUAUGGGGAGAUUAGGCCCUAAUAAGGACAGCAGCAGCAGCAGCAGCAGCAGCAGCAGCUGCCACAACAUUAGCAGCAGCAGCGGCUUCUUUUAUUGUAAUUUACCUUCUCCUUCUGUUAUGUCUCUCUCUGAUGAUGGCGCAGAUGCAGCAGCAGAUGCAGCAGCAUUUGAUUCUGCUGCUGCUGCUGCUGCUGCAGAUGAUGAUGCAGCAGCAGCAGAUACAGCAACAGGAGCAGCAGCAGCAGCAGAUGCUGCUGCUUCUGCUGCUGAUGGUAUUCUUAAGGUUAAGGGUGGUGCAGCAGCAGCAGCAGCAAUGGGGGGAUCACAAGAUUAUAACGAAAGUCUGCUGGACCCCUGGAAGCAGCAGCAGCAGCAGCAACCGCAGCAGCAGCAACAGCAGCAACAGCAGCAACAGCAGCAGCAGCAGCAGCAGCAGCAGGAGGGGGCCCCACAGAUGCCCGCUAUGAGUGCUGUAUUAAGGCCCUCUAUACAGGCGCUGCUAGCUACAACAAAAGGUGCUGCUGCUGUUGCUGUUGCUGAGGCCCUCUUAGUACCUAAGGAGCUGCAGCAGCAGCAGCAGCAGCCAGGUGCUGCUGCAGGGGAGCAGAGUCCUGCUGCUGCUGGUGCUGCUGCUCUUAGUCAAGGGGUGCAGCCAGAACAGCUGCUGCAGCAGUAUCAUGAAUAUUAUCAGCAGCAGCAGCAACAGCAGCAAUUGCUGCUGCAGCAGCAGCAGCAACCUUUAGAGCCCCAUCCGCUGCUGCCACCGCGUCCUGCUUCUGCUGCUGCUGCUGCUGCUGCUGCACCUGUUGUAGAUAUAGCGCUGCUGCGCAAGAUAGAGAAGCUGCAGCAGCACCAAUUAUGUUUGAAUUGUGGAGAAAGCGUUGGGGAGGCCCGCCUGCCGUUACUGCCGGUGUUGGUCUGCUUGGAGCGAAGCCAACGAAUGCCAACGUUGCCGAUCCCGCAUUGCAAGGAGUUAGCUGCAGCAGCAAAACAGCAGCAGAAGCAGCAGCAAACCCUUUUGUUACUUGGACCAGGAAAGGUUGGGGAUCUACAGGAUACUGUUGAUGAUGGACCAUUGCCUCUCCCAUUACUGCGUCUCCAGCAGCAGCAACAGCAGCAACAGCAGCAGCAGCAGCAGCAGCAGCAGCAGCAGCAGCAGCAGCAGCAGCAACUGCAGCAGCAGCAACAACAACAAAGUCUUAGGAGGGGAGGAUCUAUAGAUGACCCACAAAGGGAUGAAUUCACUGGCGGGGCAAGUCAGAUAGACAAACAAAGAGAAAUAAGUAAUCAAUUAG